CUUCUUUUCCUCUCCCUUUCCCUUAGGAGAAGCCUUAAACUAUACUCAGCCUUUAAUCUAGUCCUUCCUAUUCCUAAUCUUAGUUUUUUCUUCCCUCUUUUUUCUCAUCAAUGGUCUCCUAAUUAUGGCCAUUCGAUUUCGAAAACUCUUACAUUAUCUAACUUAUACUACAAAUGUCACAACUACUAUUCCUUGCACUGAUUUGUGUGAUCCUACAUGUGGUGAUUUUGAUGAAUGUUACUCCUUCCCAACCGGACCCGACUCGUUCCCUCCUCUUCCACCACCACUACCCUCUACGACUACGAUCGUGGCAACCCCAUCGUCGAACACCCAUGAUGAUUUCCACUUAUCACCCCUUGUGAUUAUAGUCAUAAUUAUUUUAGCUGGUGCCUUUCUGUUGGUGUCUUACUAUGCUAUUGUUAUAAAAUAUUGUACCUUUUGGACGCGCUUAGCGUCCAGAAUGUCUAACAAUAGACAUGUAACAAAUGAGUCUAAUCAAUUACGUGACCCUCAUCACGUACCCGAGGAUCGAGCCAUCGACAUCACAACCGGUCAAUUUAACCCAUUGGUAGAUCACCCUAUAUGGUUAAUCUCAACUGUUGGAUUGCACCAGUCAGUGAUCAACUCGAUAACCGUGAUUCGACACAAGAAAGAGGAUGGUUUAAUCGAUGGUACAGAUUGUUCAGUUUGUCUUAGUGAAUUUCAAGAAGGUGAAACUCUUAGACUUUUACCAAAAUGUGAACAUGCAUUUCAUAUUGAUUGCAUUGAUACAUGGCUUAGGUCACACACCAACUGCCCUAUGUGCCGGGCAAGUAUUGUUGCCAACCCCGAUAACGAGACCGGUUUCGGGACCCCGAGGCGAAUCGAGGUCCCACACGUGGCUGAAUCAGAAUCUAGUGAUGGAGAGUUAGUGAUCACCCAAAAUGGGAACAAUGAAGUUAGUUUGGUGGUAGAAAACAGAGGAGAAACAGGGGAUUUUGAAGUUGAGAUUGAAAUUGAUCAAAGUAAAGCUGAAAGUGAUAUUCAUCCUAUAGCAUUUCUAGUAAGGAGAUCUUAUUCUAUGGAUUAUAGACAUGUUAGUACCCCACAUACGCAACAAGACUCGAACUCGUACCCAAACUCGAACUCGAACUCGUAUGCAUUAGUGGGUGGUUCUUCAUCAAGACCACUUCCUUCAAGGGUUAAUAGAGCAAUGAAGAGAUCAUAUUCAUGGAGUGAGAGAUUUUUUUGGCCAGCACGUAAUCAGAAUCAUUGCAAUUCAAAUAUUUCACCGUAAGAGUAUAUUUUUUUCUAAUUAGAGAGAUCAAUUUUUUAUGGCUUAGUAAAUGUUUUUUUUUUUUCUUUUCCUUUUCUUUUUCCCCCCGAAAAAUUUUAAGGUGGGAAAUUGGUAAAUGUACAUAUUUGUAUAGAAACCAUGUUCAAUUGAGAUUAUAUACACUAAAAUUCGGCUUUUAAUGUAUUUUCAUCUUUUUUUUUUUUCCCCUUUUUUCUAGUGGUCCAUAAACAUGGUGGUCUUUCCCUAAAAAAAAGUGGUCUUUUUUAAAGCUGAAAUUCAUUCCGUAAGUUGUUAUAAUCCUAG